AUGGAUCCCAAUCACAACACGAAUCUAGAAUAUAUUACUGCUGACCAUUUGUCGUAUCCAACAUGGUUAUUCACUAUCCCUGGAUAUUUUAUUCAUUUAUUGUUAAGUGUGGUUCGAUGGUUUGAUUUACAAACUUUUGUAUUCAUUUGCAUAGUUUACAUUUAUUGUUGUUAUAGUUAUAAACAAUCAACUAUGAAACAACAAACUUCAUCCUUUUCUAUUGGAGCUACUACUACUACUACUACUAAACGUCGGUUAUCCAAGGGUAGAAAUGGAUCGAUGUAUUUACUUAAUUUUGUUGAUGAUUUUUCUAAAGACAAUACUUCAAAACAGAAACAAAAACAGAAACAAAAACGGAAACAGGGUCCUAUCCCAAUUUACCAAUCCAGAACAAGUUUUAUUUCACAAUGUUAUAAUUUUUUUUAUGAGUAUAUCAUAUCUUGUUAUUCGAUUUUCAGAGCUCCAUCCAAUAAUUAUUAUGAUUUUCCAACUACUAUUGAUAUGAGUAAAUCUCCAGUUGCUAUUUUAAAUUCAAUUAGUCCUGUUUUGCAUUCAGUACCUUUUAAUUCUCAAAAGCUUAAAGUAUGUUUAUUUUCUUCAAUGACGGAUAAAACACAUGAACGUCUGGUUAAUCUUAUUAAUGAUUCUAUUAUUCUCAAUUCUUUGACUGAAUUUAAGAUUUGGUUAUUAAAAUAUCUGAAACCUUCCAAAAGCUAUAAGUUAUCAAAAGCUAAAUCUGAAGCUUAUUUUGCUAAACAAGUUAGUUUAUCUUUGAGCCAUGUAUUUAAUUCUCCAGUCGCUAAUAAUUUAUGUGAAGUUCAAUUACAAUUAUGUGAAUGGGCUCAUUUGCCUUAUUUACUGGCUAUUCAAGCAGAUAUAUUAUUAUCAAUUCUUCAGAGUUCAAUAUGGUCUUCACAACCUUGGCUUGUUAAUGCUGCUAAUAAAAUCUUAGAAAAAUUUCCUAAUAUUGAUUUCCACGAAUUGCUUUUUAAAUUAGGUCAAACUCCUUUAUAUGUGCCACGUGAUUUUCCUUGUAAUCCUCGUCGUCGUCAUCGUCCAAAAUACACCAUUUUUAACCAGAGAGAAGGAGGAGAAAGAAGAAAAGAAAAAAGAAGAUGGAGUGAUUCAGGUAUCACUAAACGUUGGACCUUGGACGACAAAGUAGUUACCUCAGGUGGUCCUACUCCUUAUAAGGACUCUAAUGGAACGUAUAGGACAUUGAUUGAUAAAAAUGAGAAUGUUGAAUUUAUUAAUGAGAAUGAUACUGGUGGUCUAGACAUUCCAGCUAAACCUAUUGCUGCAUCCACCCCUUUUACAAAUAUUACAAUUGAUAAUGAUCCUAUUGAUGGUGCACUUGCAUCAUCUGUUAUUACUGUUGAAGAAGGGUUUUCCUUAAUAACUACGUCUAAAGGAAAAAUACCCCUACCGCCUAUUGACAAUUAA